AUGACUGUGACGAAGGAUCAACCACCGUUGCUCUUGCGCCUAGAGCGUGGCAUGAGUGAGACUUUCAUGUUGGAACAAAUUGCUUCAUUACUACUACAUGAUCAGGAUGAUCAUCCUCCUUGUUCUGUCGUCGUCGUCGUCGUCGUCAAACUGCAAGUCGUUUCCCAUUUUUCUUCGGCACCCUUUGUAUUUUCCAAGAAGAUUGCGGAUGCUUUGAUCCUUGCACUUGGGCAUCAUUCUCAUUGUCAAGUGGAUUUGGAGUUUGAUUUUCUGAAAGAUACGCCGGAACUAUCCAGGCUCCUCUGUGGUUUGGAAAAAUCCAUCACAACCCUUAAAUUGAUUGGCAUUGUGGUUGGGACAGCAGACACAAAGAAGACAAACUCAAUGGCGACCUUGUGGAACUACAUUAGCAAAAAGGGUACGUCUUUGAAAAAUAUACAUGUGACGAUACGAGCCUCCGAGUCUUCCAUUCAACCUUUUUGUCAGGCACUGCAAACCAAUGAUUCAUUGGAAUUGGUUUCCAUCUGCUGCUAUGACAAACAGCAUGUAUUGGAUGAAUCCUUAUGGAACGCAAUACAAUAUCACCCAUCAGUUACUAAACUACAUAUUGUAGCCUUGGAGCAAACCAUGACUUCAUUCGUGUCGAGCAUUGGCCUAGAUCUUGUUGUUGACCAUGCUGAAAAAAGCAUCCAGCUUCCAAGGAAAUUAAAAGAGUUGCGACUUUCGUCAUUGCUGGGUGGUGCCUUAUCUCGGAAUCAUAUUGCUACUACUACAGAAAAGGACGAGUCAUCAGCAUCAUCAUUAAUGUGGACCAACUUUAUGCUUUCACUCCAAACACAAACACCACACCUACAACGACUCAGUUUGAACAGUAUACCAAGUCUGACCACCGACAUUGUCGACGAAAUGUUGUGCAACAUCCAUCCAAAGCUACAAUUUCUAGACUUGCAAGGGAACUAUUCCAUUCAAUCGAUUUUCUUUCCAAAGUGGUAUAAAACGAUCAAACAACAUGCUGGUCCUCAACAUGCAGCCUCUCAAAUUCGACAAGUCAACAUUCUUGGGCCGCUAUGGUGGGACAUGAACAGCAACAAUGCUAUAGGUUUCCAUCCACAUAGUGACUGUAACAAUGGCCACGAUGUCGUGACAUACCUGAUGACACUUUUUGCCAAGCACCUUUGGUUGUAUCAACUUGGUGGAAAAUUGGAGCAUCUCUUGGAAAAGUUGGACACCCAGCUGCAGCUGGAUGGCGGGGUCCUUCAAGAACAAGAACAACAAGAACAACAACAACGCAACAAGAAGAAGGAACAUCUCUUGACACUAGCCGACUGGAAUCGAUCAGGAUCUCGACACUAUGCCAGUCAAAUAUUUGCGUCCAAAUCAUUUUCACCGGCACUUUUGCCAUUGGUGCUGCAACGAUCAUGCCAUCAAUCGGAAGCAACCAUGACAAUCCAGCGACAAGCAAGCGUUGUCAACAGGACACUCCAAGAAACUUUACCGAUUUUGCUUCAUUGA